UAAACAUCGCGCCGCAUUACCGUCAUGGUGCGGAACACUCUCCAAGGGCUCGAACAGCUGACAGUGACAAUAACAUCGCUAUAAAUAAUCCACAACAACAACAUAAGAAAAUGAGCCCCCGAUACAAGCAAUUAAUGGAAGAAAAUAAUGGUCUUUCCGGAUCGACCGGUUCUGAACACGAGCCAAAUACCGAUAAAUCGGAAAAUGAUUUUAUUUAUCCCAGGAGAAGAUACAAAAAACGACUUGGGAAUGCACAACCACUCACAAACAGCAACUUUGUUGGCGGAGACCGAAAAGUAUGGCUUUAUCUAUAUAGAGUAAAAAGGGAAUGUGAUGAAAAUGCAAUACUUCGUUACAUUAAAACCAAAGAUGGUUUUGAAAAUCUCCUAAUUACUGUCAGAGAACUCCCCACAGAUCAAAACAAAUUGAAGUGUUUUGUAGUGACAGCACCACUACAGAAAAAGGACACCAUGUACGACCCAAACGGUUUGAUUUUGAGAAGCACAGGGCUUUUUUGA